AUGACUGACGCCUUUCUGCUGGGAUUAUUAUGCUGCCUACUACUGCCUGUUCUAUGGCAGCCAUCGUUGGCAACCCGCGAUUUCGAGAUCCGUUGGCGGGACAUCAACUGUUCGGUCAUUGACCCCACGACUGCGGAGGUCUUUAAGUGCGAUAUUGUGGAGAUGCCGAGGAAGCAGGGAAAUUUCCUGAACACAUUCCUCUUGCUGCGCCGACCUGUCCCAAAAAUGUGGGUGGAACUGAGUGUGGGUCAGAUCGCCGACAGAAAAGAUCGAUUUGUUCAGCAACUUCUGAAAAUUCGUGUGGAUGGCUGUCACCUGAUCGGUUUUCGCAGCAAGAAUCGCAUUAUAAAUGCAAUUAUCAAAAAGCUACUGCAAUCGGGAAACUAUCCAGACUCCUGUCCCCUUUUAGCGAAUGUCAACUAUACGUCCACACGUUUUGCCCUCAAUCCGGAUCACUUUCCGGCCUACAUGCCGGAGAUGAAGUUCAACACGAAAUUGGUCUUCCAGCUGGGAAGGAAUACUGGCCUGAUCAGGGCCAGUGUGGAUGCCGAGGUGAUGAGACGAUCGUAAAGAGAAAUAUUU